CAGCGCUAUCUACUACACGGCAGAAAUCGACCAGAUAGCUGUAGCAGAGUAACAUGGCGCACGAGCACAGCGCGCACGCACACAUGCCCGGCAUGGACAUGGCCAACAUGGCCACACCCACACACGACCACCACGACAUGGACGACGGCUGCUCUGGACACAUGCACGCCAUGGUGUUCCACACGGGCGUCUGCCAAGAGAUCCUGUUCAGCGGCUGGAUGACGACCACAGCGCUGGAGCUGUUCGGCUCAGCGGUGGCCAUCUUCCUGGCGGGCGUGCUGUACGAGGGGCUCAAGUACUACCGCGAGGCGCUGCACGCGCGCGCCACCUCCGUGCGCGGCGACUCGCAGGUCAACAUCACCAAGAACGAGUGCGGCGCCAAUGGGAACUGCGGGGGCACUGCUGUCGUCAAAUACUCAAUGCUAUCAAUGGGCCACUUCAUCCAAACGCUCCUCCACAUCGUGCAGUCGACCGCCUCGUACGUGCUGAUGCUGGUGUUCAUGACCUACAACGCGUGGCUGUGCGUCGCGCUGGUGGCCGGGCUGGCCGUCGGCUACUUCUGCUUCGGCUGGCGGAAGAACACCGUCGUCGACGUCACGGAGCACUGUCAAUAGACUCCGUCUGAGCUAACUCUGUAUUGAUAAAACUAAAGUGUAAAAUUGCCACAUAAACGUCAU